AUGUCGGAUUCCGAUCUUCUCCAGUCUGCGGUUCGCGUGCCCACGCCUCCCCCAGGCGUGUCAUACUCGCCAGCCGCAGCUUCUCGGAAGCGCUCCCCUCCGUCUCGUUCUCCCUCUCCGAAUCGUCGACGGUCGCCUCCCGGUGAUUUAGCCAGAGAUGGCCCCGAGGCACCCAAGCUCGAUGCGGAUCGUGCCAUCGAUAGAGAGCGCCAACUCGCUGAGCGCGUUCGCGAACAUGAAAAGCGCGAGGCCGCUCGAAAGCCUUUAAGUGAGGAGGAAAAGCAGGCCUCAGCAAAGGCUGAAUACGAAAAGUUGCUCAAUAUGCGAUCGGGCGGUACCUACAUCCCUCCAGCUCGACUCCGCGCACUGCAGGCGCAAAUCACGGAUAAGACGAGCAAGGAAUAUCAGCGCAUGGCUUGGGAGGCAUUGAAGAAAUCAAUCAACGGUUUGAUCAACAAGGUCAACGUUUCCAACAUUAAGUUUAUUGUGCCGGAGCUGUUUGGCGAGAACUUGAUUCGGGGUCGUGGCUUGUUCUGUCGAUCUAUCAUGAAGGCGCAGGCGGCCAGUUUGCCAUUUACCCCGAUCUAUGCAGCGAUGGCCUCAAUUGUGAACACAAAACUACCCCAAGUUGGCGAUUUACUGCUUUCACGGUUGAUUGUUCAAUUCCGCAAGGCGUUCAAGCGAAAUGAUAAGGCAGUGUGCAUCUCAUCCACCACAUUCAUUGCCCAUCUUUGCAACCAGCAGGUUGCCCACGAGAUGCUGGCGGCUCAGGUUUUGCUACUCCUCCUGCAUAAGCCUACGGACGACAGUGUGGAAAUUGCCGUGGGACUGACUCGAGAAGUUGGUCAGCAUUUGGAAGAAAUGAACGCCCCGAUCGCACUCGCCGUGUUCGACCAAUUCCGCAACAUUCUACACGAGGCCGACAUUGAUAAGCGUGUGCAAUACAUGAUUGAGGUGCUCUUCCAAGUGCGCAAGGACCGGUACAAGGACAAUCCAGCGAUCAAGGAGGAGCUGGAUCUCGUGGAGGAGGAAGAUCAGAUUACCCACCGUGCCGGUCUAGACGACGAUCUAGAAACGCAAGACUCGCUCAACAUCUUCAAGUUCGAUACUGAGUGGGAAGAACACGAGGAGGCCUACAAGAGGUUGAAGGCCGAGAUUUUGGGCGAAGACAGUGACGAGGAUGACGAGGAUGGGUCUGAUGAAAGCGAGGAGGAAGAAUCAGAUACCGAAGAACAACAGAUGGACAUUAAGGACCAGAGUAACACUAACCUGGUUAAUCUUCGACGAACCAUCUACCUUACGAUCAUGUCCAGUAUUGACUUCGAAGAGUGCUGUCACAAGCUGAUGAAGAUCAACCUGCCGGCCGGGUUGGAGCCUGAGCUGCCAUCAAUGAUCAUUGAAUGUUGCUCCCAAGAGCGUACAUACUCCAAGUUCUAUGGUUUGAUUGGAGAGCGAUUCGCCAAGAUCAACCGCCUGUGGUCAGACUUGUUCGAGGCUGCCUUUGCGAAAUACUAUGAUACCAUCCAUCGUUACGAAACGAACCGCCUUCGAAACAUCGCACAGUUCUUUGGUCAUCUGAUCAGCAACGAUGCCAUCGGUUGGCAUGUCUUGUCGGUGAUUCACCUCAACGAAGAGGAGACCACAUCCAGCAGCCGCAUCUUCGUUAAAAUUCUCUUCCAAAACUUGGCAGAGAACCUCGGUCUGCCUGGUUUGCAGGCCCGCUUCAGAGAUGAGAUUCUCCGGCCAAGCUUCGAGGGUCUCUUCCCCACAGAGAACCCUCGUCACACCCGUUUCUCGGUCAACUACUUCACCAGUAUUGGUAUGGGUGUGUUGACAGAGGACAUGCGUGAGCACCUCAAAAAUCUCCCACGCCCCACAGUACCAGCUUUACCUGUACGGGCAUCUUCUCGUUCCCUCUCGCGCACUCCAUCCGAUCGAUCCCGAUCACAAUCCAUGUGCUCUACUUGCACUGGAUCCCCACACUCCCGCCGUUCCCGGUCUUACUCAUCCUCCCGCUCUCCUUCCAGGGACCGUGGCCGUUCCUACUCUCGCUCUAUUACUCCCUCUUCCCGCGGACGAAGCUACACACCUUCCCGCUCUCGGUCCGCUGGCCGCCGUCGUGGCGCAUCAUACAGUCGGUCCCGUACUCCUUCAGAUCGUUCCCACUCCCGGUCUGUCUCUCGCACACCGGCCAAGCGCAGCCGAGCACGCUCAUACUCGCGAAGCCCCAGUCGUAGCCGCAGCCGCAGUCCAUACCGGUCUCGCCGCUCCGUCACUCGGUCUGUCACACCGGACAACAAGAGCCGCCCCAAGAGGAACCGCAGCUACACCCGAUCGAUUUCCCGAUCUGUCACACCCCCACGUCGUGGCCAAAGCCCUGGCAGAAGAAACCGAAGCUACACACGGUCGGUUUCUCGAUCUGUAUCGCCUCCACGCCGCAAACGCGACGUUUCGGCUUCUCGUUCGCCCACCCCUAAACGUCGGACAGAGUCACGGGGUCGAAGCUUCUCUCGGACACCACCUCGUCGGAGAUAA